AUGGACGAAGUCAACCGACGUGUUCUCGAAGCUAUUCGAGAUCUGCGGACGAUUCGGAUUAUUUCUGAUGUACCUACUGAACGCUUAACCUCCGACAACUAUUUGGAAUCGGCAAUCAAUCUUGUUGAGCCAUUCGUUAAAACUUGGGAAAUCCAGCAUGCGGUGCGGCAUAUUGUUGUUGAUGUCUACCCACGGCACACAUACAUCGUUUUCGACAUCAAUAAUCAUCGUUAUGACUUCAACGUUGCUCAUUUGCAGACAUUCACUAUUCCCGUUCACAUUCUCCGCCUGUCGAAGAGGAGCAACGAUUGGACGUUCUUCAGACGCGAAAUGGAAGAUCGACGAGUCGCCAAGGACAUUGCGGAGCUGCACAGAUGCAAUGGCCAGAGCCAACCCCCUUUCUUUGCAGACCAUAUUAGUGGAUCUGUUUACCUUUCUCCCCGUCCAACCGGAAUGCAUACUGGGAUUUGCCAUAGAUGCAUAAUCAUGAGAUUUUGA